AUGAACCACAUGGUGAAGGAUCAAGUCUUAACUAAGCAUGAAAACCAGAUAAAUAAAGUACUUGAGAUUGCCUUUUUGCUUCAAAAUGAUAGUAGUGAUGUUAAGCAGCGAGUUCACGAGAUAUACGAGCUGAUGGAUCGUGAUGAUGUUCCCGUACCAUCAAUUGCGUCCAUUACCUCUUUAGCGCUACAAUUGAGCAGAGUAUGCUUGCUGGAUACCAAGGCGCGAAUCGAAUCAAUAAAUCGAGGAAAGGAACAAGUACAAAAGGUAGUCAAUCAACUAAGUCAGGUGCAGAUUAGUAAGGAAAAGGAAAUAGAUCUCUUGCGGUUAAAACUACUUCAAAAGGAAUCCCAUUUGAUCAAAUGCUAUGAGGAACAAAUCUCCAAAGUCAUCAAACAAAUUGAAGAAUUUGAAAUGACAAGGAUAAAACAAGUGGAAAUGCAAGCACUAAAAAUACAGAAUCACAAUUUCCAAAUAUUGCUAGAUAUGUCAUUUCAAAAAAGCGAAAAGAAAAGAACAUUAUUAUUUCACUAUCAGCCUAUUUUGAAAAUUGAAGAAUUUCUUGGUUACAAUCUCACAGUCAUAAACCAAUUUGUCGAGCGAUUGAUUGACUUACAAAGGCAGCUAUCCUUUUUGUUUAAAAUCCAGCUACCGCAUUUGGAUACCUUGUGCAAAUGUUUACCAAGCAAAAGGUUUUACGACUUACUCAAGAAGAAAGAAAUGUUGAUCACGGGGCAGAAGGACUCGAUAAUUGAUGAAGAAAGAUACCAGCUGGAAUAUUCCACCACUCCAAAAGAAAUAGACUAUGCAACGGAAAAGAUUGUUAGGCUAGGUGAUGCCUAUCAGCUUCCGCUAUCGUCAAAGACACUAAAUUACCAGCGACGAGUAGCGAGGUCCUCUUCUGUUGAGCCUGGUGAACUAAACCAAAUACCAACGAUUGUUCGAGAAAAUAGCUCUACCCCGUCCGCUUUAUCUCAGCCCGGGUCUGCCACACUGAAGAAAAUCACUAUUCCUCAUAGAAUAAUCAACAAGCCGUUCAACAAGUUGAGUAUAAAGGAUUUCUUGGAGUUUUUAGUAAUUAUUGUCAAAGUUUCCGCUAAUUUCGAAGUAUUUUUAGGACAUUUCUCAAUGCAAGGCAGAGAGUUUAGUAUUGACGAAAGUGCUGAUUUUGAGAAAAUCUUGAACGAAAUCGCACAUUUGGACACUCAGUAUCCCCUAGGAUCAGUUGUUGAAAAGCGGCAUCCUUAUCAAAACUUUCAAAAGAGAUUGGAACACGUAUACAAUCAAAUCAUUAACUCCUUAUUUGCUAAAAAACAACAUAAUAAACCCGUGGCUCUACAGAAUCUUAAUUUCAAAAACUUAUUUCUUAACCAACCCAAACUGGACCAGCGAGAUGACUGGGAUAUCAUCAGCGAAAUGCUAUAA